AUGCCUUCCGACAAGUCCCUCCCGCCGCCAAAGGGCUUCCUGUCCUACCCAGAUGCCCAAGAGGUCCGCUCGCCCAAGUAUCAGCCGCGCAAGGACGCCAAUCCCGUCCUCUCCGGUCUGCCACUCGUCAUCGCCUCGAGCCUUCUAACUCACUCUUCCUUCCUGGCCAAGAUCUUCUACAACAACGCGGGCUUGCAAAAGAUAAAGGACCUGCCUUUCCUCGAUGAGGUCCCAUACACCUUUCAUCCUCUUGUAAUUCCACUGGGCGAUAAUGCCCGCAUGAUCGAGCUGGGCGAAGCGCAGCUCAGCCCCAAAAACAGAGGAGACGCCCAUCAUUAUACCGCCAGCGACUACCACGCCAUGUACAAGUCUGGCCAAGUCACCCCCCUGCAAGUUGCACAGACUCUCCUGUCUCUCACCAGCAAAUACGCCAAGGAGUCUUGCGUCUACCAAGAUGCUUGGGCCGACUCCCACGGUGCCGAUCAGCUCGCCCUCGACGCAGCCAAGGCGUCAACCGACCGAUGGGCCGCCGGCACCCCUCUCGGCAUAUUGGAUGGUGUUCCGAUUGGCGUCAAGGACGAUCUCUCAGUCAAAGGCUACAUUGACCACGACGGCAUGGCCUACAAGAAGGGCGUUGCCUACUUUAAACCGGCGGAGGAGACCGUAUGGCCGGUCCAUGCCCUUCAAGAUGCCGGAGCGGUCGUCAUUGGAAAGAAUAGAAUGCAUGAGCUGGGAUCAGACACGAAUGGCUUAAAUCCUCUCCAAGGCACACCGACGAAUCACCUUAACAAUCAGUACUACCCUGGUGGCUCAUCAUCCGGCGCCGGCUCUUCCCUUGGCGCGGGAGUCAUUCCCAUCGCCGUGGGGACCGACGCCGGCGGUAGCGUGCGCUUCCCAGCCGUCUACAACGGCGUGUACGGCCUGAAGCCGACCCAUCACCGCACCCUCGAGAUGAACAGCACCAUGUGCGUGACCGGCCCCAUGGCUGCCAACGUGGCCGACCUGACCAUUGCCUACCGCAUCAUGUCGCAGCCGGACCCCAAGACGUCCAUGCAAAGCAAGUUUGCCGUGUCGCGGCCGCCCGCCGCCGGCAGCAAGAAGUACAUUGGCGUCGACCGCGCCUGGUGGGCCGCAUCCGACCCCCGCGUCGUCGCCGCCUGCGACAAGGCCUUGAAGCACUUCACCGCGCAGGGCUACGAUCUGGUGGACAUCACCAUCCCGUACGUUGACGAGGCGCAGACGGCGCACGGCGGCGUGACCAUCUCCGAGAUGACCGAGGCCGCGCGGCGCCGCGGCGGCGACGGCACGCACUGGACGAGCCUCAUCGGCCCCGUCAACCGGCUGGUGCUCGCGCUGGGCCUCGAGACCAACGCGGCGGACCUCCUCAAGCACAACUCGAUGCGGACGCUGCUCAUGCGCCACAUGGCCUGGCUCUUCCAGACGUACCCGGGCCUGCUGGUGCUGACGCCGACGGCGCCGUUCCUGGGCUGGGAGAAGCGGCCCGGGCACGCCAAGCACGGCGUUAGCGACGGCGACAAGACCUUCCUGAGCAUGAUCUACGUCUUCCUGGCCAACAUGACGGGAUUGCCCGCGGUGACGGCGCCGGUCGCGUUCGUCGAGCCGGACCGCGGCGAGGGCAAGGUGUGCGUCGGCAUGAUGGCGACGGGCGAAUGGGGCGCCGAGGAGGCGCUGCUCGCGUGGGCGGCCGACGCGGAGACGUACCUGCACGAGGUCUACCCGGACGGCCGCAGGAGGCCUGAAACUUGGGUCGACGUACUGGGUCUGGCUGCCAAGCAGGCGGUAUAG